GAUCCGCAGGGGCGUGGCGCGGUUUGAAAGCGUGAGGCGGGCCGGGCGCGGGCCCAGGAAUCUGUAAUUAAAGCAGCAAAGGCUGAGUGGAUGUUCCUUCAAAUAAUUCCCAAACAAUGUUCAGAGGAUCUAAAUCUCCCCUGAAAGUUAAAGAAAAUGAGAGUGGUUGUCCUGAACAGAAGGAAGGGGCCUCUUUCCCUCUGUCAGGAACCCAGAAGAGCUGCCAAGUGACCAAAUCCAAAGUCAUCAGACCAUCCAAAAAGGAGAACUUCGCUGAUGGGAACCAGACACGGUCACCCAAAGGUGCCCUGAAGAGCCCCACAGAGGGUUUGUGUCACCCCCGGGGGGCUGCUGUGGGCUGGCAGCUCCCUGGGGCCCUCGGGGGGGGUGUGCUCAGUGAGCCCCCCUUGCCUUUGCACUCCAAGGAGGGUUUGCCCAGCAGCCGAGCUGCUCCCUUGGGAAAUCACUUCUGCACUCCUGAGAGGGACAAAGCAGAAGGAAAGGCUGAUUUGGGACUAUCUGAACAGAGGAACAAACCUGUUGGCUUUGCUGCUGUGAUGAGUGCUGAGUGUGGCAUCGCUCAGCAGAGCUUUGGAACACGACCCACGGGGCCUUCCCCAACUUCACUGAAAUUUAGGAGGAGAUCAACCAUUGGAUUGAGGGGAUCACCAGAGAACAACACCCUGAUCCGGUACCUGGCCCAGCAGAGGAGCAGCAGGCAGAAGGAAGCUUUCACCCAGAUCUGUCCUUUUAAACCUGCGAGUGUGAGGUCGCUGAAGGACAAGAUUGGAGCUUUCCAAGCCUCCUUUGAAUCCCUGCAGGAAGCUGAGGGGGAGCCUUCCCAGGAAGGAGGUUCCUCUCAGAGCCAGGCACCUUUUAAAACAGAGCCAAACCUGGAGCAGUGGAGUGAAAAGCUCAUGUUGGGCCACAGAGGAGCUGCUUUGAAAGAAAACUUAAGAGAAAAUGGGAGCACGAGCAGCAGGAGUGAGCUGAGGACCUGCAGCAUCCUGUCCCCACAGCAAGCUGUGACUGUCCCUGACCCUGCUGCUGCUGCAAAGGAGUGGGUUUAUGAGCAGCAAAAUCCUGUUAAAUCCUUGGACACUGCUGUCACUGGAGAUACCCUGGAAACAGGCCAUGUGUCACAGCUGUGUGCUUGCCCUGAAGCUGCCAGCUGUGAGCACAGUGCCACUGGUGAUGCUGUCCCAGAGCUCAGCACGAGGAAGGCUGGGGCUGUGGAGGAUGUGAGCCUGGCAAUGCUGGGUGCAAGCCGAGCCCCUGGGAGCACUCCCAGCAGUGACCUCUCCCAGAGCAGCUCCCUGCUGAGAUCCAUCCUGAAGAAAACCCCAGCCAGGGAGCCCCCAGACAGCCCCGAGGCUGAUGCAGUGCUGGCACUAAGGAUGAGCUUACAGGAAUACUUAAACAGUGCCAUUGACAGAGGAGGAGAUGAACCAGCUGCAGUCUCCAAUUGUGUAAAAGCCUCUGAAAUAUUGCAAACAGAGAGAACUGACAGUCAGAGCUCCAAAACACCAAAGAAGAAAAAAGUGACUUUUGGGGAAGUUCUGAGCCCUGAAAUCUUUGACCAAAGCCUGCCUGCCAACACCCCCUUACGCAGAGGAGCCUCCCCAGGGUGUCCCCAAGGGCAGAGCCCCUGGGCGAGGCCAGACCUCUCCCAGGAGCCUUUGCCCCUCCUGGAUUUUGGUUGGGAUGAUGAAGGUGUUGAGCCUCUCCCAGAAUUCCUGGAAGGUGCUGUUGCUGCAGAGGCCCCUUCACCUGUUGAAAUUGCAGAAGUGGCAGAGACUGACAAACCUGACGUGGCAACAACUCGUUCUUCUACUAAAAGGAAGCAGGUGCCCCCAAGCACCCCAAAUCCUGUUCCUCAGCAGUGCAGGGCCAUGGCACAGGACACUGAUCAGAGCAGCUCGGGGGCCACAACCACUGAGAACGACAAAGACACGAAAAAUCCAAGGAGGAGCAAGAUCCAGAGACAGAAGAAUCCAACCACAGCUGCUCCCAGGAAGAGCCAGAAAAAAACCCACCUAAGCUAUGGGAAAAGAAGAAAGAAAAAAGUCAAGAAAUCUUUGUAUGGGGAAAGAGAAAUGGCUUCUAAGAAACCCCUUCUCAGCCCUAUCCCUGAAAUGCCAGAGGUUUUCUCUUCAGUGUCAUCUCCAAACUCACCAAAGGCAGAUGCACUUCUAACAGAGGGUGCAGGUGUGGGUGAUCCCAAAAGCUGGGAUGCCUGCAGGGACAGUGCCCAGGAGCCCCAGGCUGGAAGGAUGCGUGGGAAGGGGCUCUGUGCAGCUGCUGUGUGCCCAAGCCCUGGGCUCCUGCAGGAGGCAGCAGCCACCAGCGCUGGGCCUGGAGACCCUGAGGUGCCAGGGAGCCUGGAGGCUGCUCCUGGCACUGCUGCUGAGUUUUCAAAUGCUGUGCCAGAUGCAGAAGGUGAUUUGGAUACAUCUCAUUUUCAGCAAGGUGAAGAGACUCCGUGUGAAAAAGAAGCAAAAGAAAGCAGUUCCUUGAUAGAAAAGGAAGAAUUACAAGGAAAUCUCUUAACUGGGCUGGAAAUUCUGGAACAACAGGAUGUGCAGGAGGGUGCCCAGAGAGCCAAGUGUCCUCUAAAGGAUUCUGUCAGAGGUGAUCCAGCAAGGAGAAGAAGAAGAAGGAGCAGUGCCUUCUACUUCCCUCCUGCUGAAAACCUGCAAACAGCCGGGGCUGAUCUUGCAGUUUGCUCUUACAAUGUGGAAGAAGUUUUAUCAGUCCCCCAGGCAAAGGAGGGGUCCCUGCAGGCCUGCAGCAGGAGCAGCAGCGCCAGUGCUGAGGUCAGGGUCAGGCGCAGCAUGAGGCUGAGCAAGGGUGCAGCAGGUAAGGGACUUGAGUGGAUUCAGCUUCCCAGUGAGGUUCCCAAGCAGCCUCCCCUCCCAGCUGCUCCCAAAGCCAGGAGAAGCAUCAGCACAUCCAUCCUGGCAGGAACUGAGAAUAUUCACCACAGGGAACAAAACCUCCUCCCCUUCCCAGCCCCAGGGAAGGAGAAUGAGGCCUCUGCUCCUCUUGCUGCUGGUCCUGGCAGGAGGUGGAGGAGGAGAAGCCUCUGUGAAGGCACAGCUCAAGGAAUGCCCUGGGCUCCCACCCAGAGAAGGAGAAGCACAAAUUCUGUGUGUAGGAAGGACAGGAGUGACCAAAAACACUCGGAAGCAGCAGAAACUCUUGAGCUAAGAUUGAAAGAUGUUUCAGGCAUCUCUGGAUUUCUGAAGUGAAGGUGCUUCUUAGAGCCUUGUGUUGUCUCUCAAGUGCAGUUUUCUUGUAUUUCCCCACUUGUAUUUCCUCACUUGUUUCCUAUUCAUUUUCUGGAUAACUUAGAAUUCAUUUUCCUUGUCUUGAUGCCUUAAAUGCUUGAAGAUCUGAACUGUGUGGCAGACUGGCUCAGAGCAUUGGUCUGGUACAGUUAUGGCAGGUAAUGAAGAGUAUUAAAAAGUUCUCCCUGAUAAAUGUGGGUUUGUCUUUGGCAGCUAAACCACAGAGUCAAAUGUGUCCUUCCAGUUACAAUUGCUCCAAGGGUUUGUUUCCCAUGUGUGUGACCAUUCCCUAUAAAUUGCUGUUGAAAUCUGCUUAUAUUUUCUUCUAGAUUGCAAAAAUACACUAAAAAGAGAUUGUCUGCA